GUAUAAAUCUAUGUUACGUCCUCACGCAGGCACGCUGUUCGACUUUUCUCCAAACCAGCCAAUCACAUGGCGCACUUCAAGGAGAGCCACAGUGCGCAUGUCGUUGUCGCCGACCGAGUUGGAACAGCAGGUAGGUCCUCCAGGUUUCGCUCCUCUGUCGUUUCUGAGCCGAGCGGUGUUUUUUUCCCGGAGAUGAACAGCGUGGGGGAGGCCUGUACCGAGCUGAAGCGGGAGUACGACACCUGCUUCAACCGCUGGUUUGCCGAGAAGUUCCUGAAGGGCGACCGGAGCGGCGACCCGUGCACGGAGAGCUUCCGGAAGUACCAGCGCUGCGUGCAGGCGGCCAUCAAGGAGAAGGAGAUCCCCAUCGACGGCGUGGACUUCAUGGGGCCCAACAAGGACAAGCCUGAGAGCUGAUGGAGGGCUGCUGGGGAAAUCCUACAAAUGCACGCCACACUGAGCGGGGUCCACGAGGCCCACCGAGCAUGCGCAGGAGCGGACAAGCUCCUGUAGCUGGGGUUAGAGGGUGAAACGGCCCCUGAAAGAGCCGUCUCCUUAAUUUUAAGCUUUUCUCUUUUACUGCACAGCUCUGUUCGGACUUCCUUUCUCAGCAGAGACACUUACAGCCCAGUUUUCCUCCAGAGGGCCCAGAGAGCUGCUGUCAGUCCCGAAACUGAGCUAAAACUGUCUGAAUCCAAUUACUAACCAGCUAAAGCUCCUCCAUGACGGCCUGUGUGCGCGUUAUGAAGCAGUGGCAGCCUGAAGCCAUGCAUUUGCACAGCUAAAAUAAGAUGUGAUGCUGAAAACUCUUCGGACUGGUGUCAUGUAUGCAAAACUCAAUCUUGCAUUGUACGAAUGAAUUAAAGGGAGCUCGGUGUUGGAGCAGGACACGUGCACAUGGUGUGUUUUUACUCUCUCACGGGUCGACGUCUCUCCUUAUGUUUCUGCAGGUUUUUCUUUAUCAUUCGGAGUAUUUUCAGUAUUGAGACCAAUUCUGUGUCUCAUUCCUCCUGUGCCAGCGACAGACGUUCAGGUUAAACAUGACCAGAGUUCUGAGUCUGCUCCUGCUGUGCACUGAAAGCACUUCGUUCUCUCACACCCCGGAUGCUCUGAUGUGCAAGCCCGGUGGAGCUUACACAUAUCAAACCCCUGCCUGGUCCUGGGCUCGGUUUGUGGGGGGUGUACGACGGAGGGAGCUUAAUGAGUUCAUGAGGCAGAGUCAAUGUUUUCAGUGCCCUGGAGGUGGCUUAAAGUUUGAGCUUAAAGUCAGCUGGGAGCGCCACACUAACUGGUCCUCUGCAUGCAUCCAGCCAGUAACACCAGUAAAUGAAUGCAGCUGUUCAAACAGGUGAUGCAGAAAGUUUUUGUUUUUUUAAUGUUUGGUCUUAAUCUGCUGCCAAGAUUAAGACUGCUGCUACUAGAACACAAGAAAAUGAAUCAGUUUCAUCUGCAGGCUGUUAAUCAAGAAGACGUGCUCGCUCAUUAAUUUCACUUUGGCUCGUCAGGCGACAAGCUAGAGUGGUUUACUCUGAGGCCGCGGGACAGAGAGCAUUAAUGUUAGAGAUAAACAGCAGCACUGAGCACGCUCAGAGGUUCCAUAAAUUUAGUUAUUGUAGUCCCUUCAGUCUGUCUGGUUAUUGCAUCACCAGGAUUUUCUGCAGCAUUACUCUGUGUGUUAUUUCCAUCACUACUGUUGUAUUUCACUAUAAUGUUUGAGCAUCUUUAUACAACCCCAAGUACAAAAUAGUUAGCUGUUGUGUAAAAUGUAAAUAAAAGCAAUGCAGUGACUUCAAGUCUGAAACUAUAUUUCAUUCACAGUAGAACACAGAAACAUAUCAAACUGUGAAAAUGAACCACUGUGAUAAAAAUAUGAGCUCCUUGUGAACAUGAUGGCAGCGACAUGUCUGUAAAAGUAGGACAGGUCCAUGUUUGCUCUCUAACAUCAGUCUGUGAUGGUCUGAUGGAGGAAUCCAGCUGCUCAGCAGUCCUGGCUCUGCUUCGUCCUCUUGCUGCUUUCAUGAUGCUCCAGAUGUUGUCAGCUGGUCAGAGGUCUGGACUGCAGGCGGGCCGGUUCAGGGUCGGACUCUGCUCCUCUGAAGCAGUGAGGCUGUUAUAGAAGCAGCUCAAACACAAAGGCCUUCCUGAGAAACAUCUGCAUGGAGCAGAUGUUGCUCUUAAACCUGUUUAUACCUUUCAGCACUGAUGGAGCCUUUCCAGAUGUGCCGGUUCUGAAAUUGUUCCACAGUUAACAGACACAGUUUGUGUAGAUUGGCGACUUUCUGCUCAUGAGUUACAAUAUGAUGCUUCCAGCUGUUUCUUAGUAACUGCGGCGCUACCACUCUUUCAAUGAGCUGUUGGAACUGUUGCUGCCGUCAAAAUGACCUAAUAUUUUUCUGUUUUUCUGAUGUUUCCUGUGUUGUGAAUAAAAUGUGAGUUUUGCGCUUCCAUUUUACACAGCCUGCCAAUUUAUUCCGGACUGAAGGAGCCGUUCGUCUCAUGUUGUCUCUAACAGGUGGAUUCAGUGCUCACUGGAAGGAAAAAGUACAAGUCAGAAGCAAAGAGCACAACCUGACAGAGAAAGUUGAUUACCACCACCGUACAUAUCAUCCCUUUUUCUAGCAUUGCUUGCUUCAGUGUUUGUCCCUCAGAGGUCCAAGGAUACAGGAUACAAUGUGAACUCCAACAGCUUUCCUGACUCACAUAAAUUAGUCAACUUUGCUUGGAAAUGAAAAAUAUCUGUUUUUCACUGCUGUUAUUGUUGCUGUUAGCUGCUGUUAGCUGCUGUUAGCAGGUAUUAGUGAAACUUUGAAGUGGAUCUAACGUUGUUGGACUGCAACACUUACUGAAUAAACUGAUGUGA